GAUUUUUCUAGGCUGGGGGAGACAUGAGCAUGUUUGAAGGCAGUGGGGAAGAAGUCACUGGGGAGUGAACAGCUGCAGAUGGUAGUCAGAGAGGGAAGAAAGGACGGGGCAAGUGUUUCGAUAAGGUGCGAAGGGAUGGGAUCAGGGGUGCAGAUGGAGGGGGUGGAUUCUGAAAGGGGUUGGGAGAUCUCCACGAGACCUCCACCCACUUUUCCAGACCUUCGACUCCCUCCGGCGGGGCCCGGUCACCACCGCUGCCCCCGGCCCCUAAGGAUCGAACUACUAAGAACCCAUGCUCUUUGACUCACGAGCCCGUGCUGUCGCCACUGGGCCGUGCUUGUGGGGAUCCCGCUGUUGUCCCUUUUCCGUAUGGACCCCACCCGGGGCAGCCAUCUUGAAUGGAGCACAGCUUUCAGGUCGGGAAAUUGAAUUGGUUCUAGCACUCCACUGCUUGCGAUCCCUUCCGGCCGUUCCACGUUGAGUGCGGCCCACCGUUGAUGCCGACAGAACCGUUUGAGGGGUUAGUGGUGGUGUCUGUAAAGAGCCCGGUUCUCACAGCCGUAGAAAAACCCGGGCAACAGCACGGCUCUUUAAACCUUCAGUUUGGACUGAAAACGGAUACCACAUUGCCGCCGUACUCUGGCAGUCUCCCAGAGGAUAUGCCGGCCCUCUUGAUUGGAUUUUAUACUUCUUCGACCGUCGCCGCAUCACUGGGGAGUGUGCUGCCGAGGUAAUCUUGCUUCUGGACUAAAGUUGAAGGCAACAGGCGCUCCCCAGAGUCCCUUUGCCUGUGCAAAGGAAGGUGUUCUUAGCAAUAAGCUCUUUGAAAUCAGUCUUUCAUCAAGAUGACAAUCCACCCAGCACACCCCGAAACCAUCACGAGCCCCAGGAGAAAUGAGGACGACGACGACGACGACGAUGAUGAUGGAAUCCAAGAAAAUAUCUCGCCAAGAAACUAUGAACCUAAAAACGGAAGAAUUCUCUCCGGCACCCUCCGCCCGGUCCGUCGCAGCUACUACGAUCCGGCUUCGGCCCCAGGGAAGGGGGUUGUGUGGGAGUGGGAGAACGACAGCGGCUCGUGGACCCCCUACGACAUGGAGGUGGGCAUCACCAUCCAGCACGCCUACGAGAAGCAGCACCCCUGGAUCGACCUCACCUCCAUCGGCUUCUGCUACGUCAUCGAUUUCGGCACCAUGGGCCAGAUCAACCGGCAGACCCAGCGCAAACGCCGGAUCCGCCGCCGUCUCGACCUCGUCUACCCGCUGGUCGCCGGCACCUUGCCCAAGUCCCAGUCCUGGCCAGCCAGUCCCGGGUUGGCCAGCCCCCCUCCCCCGCCCCCCUGCUCCUGCCCGCAGUGCGUGCUGGUCAUGAGCGUCAAGGCCGCAACGGCGGCCGGGCCCACCGGCGGGCCGGGCCUGCCGCCGCCGGCCCGGAAGACCGCUCCCCCCUCCGGCGGUACCAAGCCACCCCCUCUGCCCGGCGGCGGGGCCAAGGUGUCCGACGGGGCGGGCAACGUGCGGGCGCCCGCCAAGUCGUUGACGUCGCAGGUGAGCCGGAGGCAAGCGGCCAGCACGCCGGCCCUGACGUCCUCGGCCUCUCCGGCCAGCCCCUCGGGGGCCAACGGCAAGACCGGGAGGGUGGCCCUGGGCACGCUAAACCGUGCCAACCUGCAGCGCCUCGCCAUUGCCCAGUCCAGAGUCCUCAUUGCUUCUGGGGUCCCAACAGUCCCAGUGAAGAAUCUCAAUGGGUCCAGUCCUGUUAAUCCCGCAUUAGCAGGAAUUACAGGAAUCCUCAUGAGCGCAGCGGGGCUACCAGUGUGUCUCACCCGUCCUCCAAAGCUGGUCUUGCACCCUCCUCCCGUCAGCAAGAGUGAGAUAAAAUCCAUUCCUGGGGUCUCCAAUACAAGCCGCAAGACCACCAAGAAGCAGGCCAAGAAAGGUAAAACGCCGGAGGAGGUGAUGAAGAAAUACCUGCAGAAAGUGCGGCAUCCCCCAGAUGAGGACUGUACCAUCUGUAUGGAGCGUUUGGCAGCUCCCUCGGGCUACAAGGGACCCCAGCCUAACGUGAAGCCCGACCUGGUGGGGAAGCUGUCCAGAUGUGGCCACAUCUACCACCUCCACUGCCUGGUCGCCAUGUACAACAACGGCAACAAGGAUGGGAGCCUGCAGUGUCCGACCUGUAAAACCAUUUACGGGGUGAAGACGGGGACCCAGCCUCCCGGGAAGAUGGAGUACCACCUCAUCCCCCACUCCUUGCCUGGGCAUCCUGACUGUAAAACCAUACGGAUCAUCUACAACAUCCCCCCGGGAAUCCAGGGACCAGAACAUCCAAACCCUGGGAAAAGCUUUACAGCUCGAGGAUUUCCACGCCACUGUUACCUCCCGGACAGUGAGAAGGGGAGGAAGGUGUUGAAGCUGCUGCUGGUGGCCUGGGACCGCCGUCUGAUCUUCGCAGUGGGCACCUCCAGCACCACGGGCGAGUCCGACACAGUUAUCUGGAACGAGGUCCACCAUAAGACGGAGUUCGGCUCCAACCUCACCGGCCACGGCUACCCGGACACCAAUUACCUGGACAAUGUGCUGGCUGAGCUGGCGGCCCAGGGCAUCGCUGAGGACAGCGUUGCUCAGGAGAAAGACUGAGGCUGGAGGAGGAGUUUAGAGGUGGGAGGAAGGAGAAAGAGGGGUAAGGACCUCCCCCCGCCUCCGGGGCCAGCUGGGUCCUUUGACUCCCCCCACCGUGUCCUCUCCAGCCCCUCUCCUGCUGCAAGCGGCGGCCACGACGUUCUUAAAUGUCCUCAGACGAGGGGAGUGUCAAAAGGUGCCGCUGUGUCUUGGCCCCGGGUGGCCGGCGGGGCUGGGUUGGGCAUCUGGCGACGCACCUGAGGUGAGGGAAGAGCGUCGUCAGGCCGGGCGAUGGCCUCGGGAGGCCUGAGGCCUCCUUCGCCUCAGCGCCUCCUCUUAGAGUUCAUUCUGCUUUAAGUGCAGAGUUUCAGUUGCGCUUCUCUCGAACGGGAGGGGUACGGGCUCUCACUGUGUGGGGUCGGGGAGGGUCAACCGCUAAACUACUGUGAAAUAUAAACUGCAGGCCCUAGGGCCCUGGCGGAGUGGAAGCCCUCCUCUUGUGGGUGCACUGAGGGGUCCGGCUUUCUGUCCUGUAACGUUCAUCCCCUCGCCCUCCGCCCACCCAGCGGGGUGAUCGGUUCCGCCUUGAUAUUUGACUCCCGGUUCCAUUUACUGGCUUCGGGAAAAGCCUCGGGAACUAGAUUUCCAUCCGAAAGGUGCUGUCCCCGGGUCUGCUCGGUCCCUGGCCCGCAGCCCCCCACCCUUUUCUGAAUCGGUGGGUCUGUGCCCAGAGAAUGGGGCCAACAACCCGCUUUCUCAUUCAUUCCACCCCAGGGAGAGACCAGUCGCAGUUCGCCGUAGUCUGUGUAUUCAGUAUGAGUUGAGUCCCACCAGCCCCUGGGGUUCUUGUGUCUGAAAAUGACCUUCACCAAAGGGCAAGGGCACGGUAUCCUUUGGACUUCAGCUCCAUUUGGAUCUGACCCUCAGAAUCAAAUCCAGAUUCCACUGCCUGUUUAGCCUCGCCCAAGUGGGAUCAGAAAGAAGCGAGUACCGUGCCCUGCCCCACUCCCGAGCCCUUUCACUGUCCUUGUUGAAAGCGGAAAGUGUUCGGUGUCUGCUGGCCCCCCGGAAGGAUGUUUUAGGCCGGAAGAACCAAGACCCAGGUUUGCCCAGUCCAAACUUGGGCUUUAAUUUGUCCCGUUCUACAGCAAAAUUGUUCUGGGGGAAAUCCCUAAUUCCUUGAUCCACUUGGGGUGGGUUUAGGACCAAGCCCGACCCUCCUGGUCUCACUAAAACCUAUUCCUAAAUGAGUCCGGUCUGGUCCGGUUUGCGUCCGAAUGAUGUCCUGGGGAAUUGCCUCCGCCAAGCCUCCUCUCCUGCCAUCUGCCCCUUCUGGGAGAGGAGUUAGGGUCUAGAGGAAAGUAAAAGGGAAAGAAACCCUGUUCCUCCUUGAUGGUGGGUUCUUUGAACUAUGUGUAUGGGGGAAGUUCCCCUAAAUUUGGAUUUGAAUUUAUAUACCUCAUGUUUUGGGGGUUUGACGUAUAUAUGUACAUAUAUUUCAUAUUGUUUGGAAGGUUUUCAAGGCUAGAAAAAUUCACGACCACAAAAACGGUACUUAGGUUUAGGAGCGGAGGUCGAGAGAUUACCCGGCCCCAGCCCCGAGGGCGAUUUACUGGGGACGAGGCAGCCACUUUGACAUUGCCCUCGGCGGCGGCUCUAGCAAACACCCGAAUUUCAAAAUUUCAAAGAAUUUCAAAAUGGCAGCCUAGCGGAAGUAGUAGCGUGGCCCUUCUGCCAGAGGUGUUGCUGGGGAGGCCUCGUGCCAAUUUCGGCUCUAGGAAAAUCCUCCCCCAUCAGCGGUGACACUGCCCACAGUUAAGCGCUCAGUAAAUACUAAUGUGGAGCCCGCUGACUCCACACUCCCCCUGCUCCAACCCCUUUUUUCCUCAUCCUUUUUCCCUAAUUAAUGCUAAAGGAAAGUCAGGACCCCCGAUUGUCCAGACAAGGCCAUGUCACUGUGGUGUUGCUAUUAUAUUCCUCUCCCCGUGCAGCGUCUGCAGUAGUUGAGGUGGGAAAUUCCUAGACCUUGGGCUUUUGAGCCUUUUCCUCUAGGAGGAGGGCACAGGCUAAUGCCAGGCUCGCCCGCGGUCUCCUCGUGAAGCUUCUGGGCUUCUCCUUGGCCGAGGUUGGAGAACAGCCGUGGUGGCUAGGUGGCUGGGAGGAGGGGUGUAGACGGGAGAUGAGAGGGGAAACCUGGGGAGGAUUGAGCAGUGAGGGGUGGGGGGUGCGAAAGAGUGUGAGCGAGGCCUUCGUUCGACUGAGGCCGAGAGGGUGGUCUGUGUGGAGGGGAAGCUGGGGCGUCGGAAAAAGGGAGCGAAGAGAGAAGCCCAGAGAAUUCACGGGGUCGAUCGAUACGCUAGGAUCCGUACCACUUCGGGAAUUAGCUUUUGAGCCCAGCCACUCUCCCGCGUGUGUCUCGUCUGUCUAUCCUUCUGUUUCUUUACCAGUCUCUUGGUGGCAGGACUUAGGACUUAUUGGCUGUUCCCCACAGAACACCGAAACCCGCCCCUCUCCCCACCACCCUCUGAGGAGCAAUUUCUUUCAGGUUCUGCUAGAGAUGAUACAGGAUCCAAGUUGGGGGACCCGUCCCGUCGGAGACUUGCUUGUGUUACCGUAGUAACUGUUCUGCCUUAGAGAGCCGACCGCGCGUCCACCCAACUGCAUCCUCACUUCCUCCACCUCAAGGCCCCCUGCUCUCUUUCCCCUCAGCCCCCGGGCACCGGGCCCACGUGAGGGCUCGGCCUCCAGGAUAGAAAAUGAGGUUGCCUACACGCCUCAUCUGAAGUUCGUCUCCUAAGGGGGUUGAUUUGGUGUGCGAGUGAGGGUGUGAGUGUGCGUGCGGACAUAUGCACGGUUGUCUGUGUGGUGGCCUUUUUUUUUUCUCCUUUUCUAUAAUUUGGAGUUGUCUGUGGUUUGAUACUUGGCGAUAAAGAACGCUGUCCUGAGAUCACACCGACCUGAGCGUGAGGCGAUUUGGGAGUCUGUGAAGCGUGGCGUUGGAGAGGGGCUGGAGAGGAGAGGGUACUUUCCCCCCACAUCUUCCCUGUUUUGGUUGCAUUGGAUUUGGGGUGGGGAAGGGGAUUGGCGACGUCCUGUUGUAUAUAUUGUUUUGUUCGUAAAACGGUGCAUUUUGCAGUCUCUGGUGUGUUGAUCUGGGAGAGGACUAUGCCAUCUGGUGCUGAGGGCUUGGACGUGCAGAACAAUAAAUGGAGAACAAAUAUCCUCCGA